AUGAUUAAUUAAUCUGACCAUGAAUCAUAUGAUUCCCAGCUUAUAGAACAGGAACCAUCAAUUCAGCAGAUUAAAAGCAUCAGAGUGCAAUCCAAUCGUUACUCCAUCUCAAAUCAGUAAUUGCAAGCGGAAUCAGACAGUCUAGAUACUCUCUAGAGUAUUUUUGAUUCAGAAUAGGAAUAGAGACUCAUAAUCGAGACCAUAUCCAAUAUCAGUACAACAAAUACGAUCAAUCAAAAGAAAAAAAAAUUAAAACGAGUCUGCUAGGCGAAUUCUUUUAAGGCUAAAUUGGCAUAGAGAACAAGGAUUUAGUCGUUUAGAUUGGAUGAAGAAGCUUGCAGUUAAGACGAAGAGGAAAGCCUUCCAUAAAAUCUAAUGCAGGUCGAUUUGUAAUUUAGAGAAGAGGCAAUAUUUUCAGUAUCAAAAAUAAUUGAGACUCGAAAGAAUCUAAUAAUUUGA